AGGAAUAAAAUAUGGAAUCUGCAAAUAUACACAAAUUAAGGAAACUCUUUAAGAAGAAUGUGGCAAACAAAUAGUUAUGUAUCAGAACAGCAGUUGUAUGAUCAAUCAACGAUAGGAUUCCAAUCAUUUCCAGCGCCAUCAAAUUCAUAUUUAAACUCUUCAAACUCAUCUUCUCCGACAAAAUCAUCAUCAUCAUCAUCUGAUGUCAACUAUACAGGUUGGACAAAUGGGCCAAACUCCUGGGACCAUCAAAAUGGUUGGAACACUAAUUAUAGAGCACCCAGUAGAUCAUCAUUAGCAACCCUGCAGAUACAAGAUGAUGAUGUGGAACUCCCCAGGGAUAUUAUUGAAGGAAUUGAUCGAAUAAUAUCAAUUACAGGAUUUGAUUUCAAAUCUCAUAAUUCCGGGAACUCUGGGGAAAGGAAGGAAGAAGAAGAAAGGUCAGAAAGUACAAGUUCUAGUCCAAACAAGUGCGCUGGGAAGAGUAUGAAAGGUUGGCUCGGGAACAUAAUGUUCCAAGAUUUGAACGGAGAAAACUCAAAAGAAAUAGGGCGGAUAACAUCAAAGAAAAUUAAUAAGGGAAAAGUUGAUUGGAGUGGAGUUGUAGAACAAGUAUUUAAUGAUGAAUUUGACUCAAGAACAACAGUGGGAAAAAGAUUAAACUCAAAUUUUAGUAUUUAAUGAUGAAUUCGACUCCAGAACAACAUGAAACUCAAGUUUUAGAGCUUUUACAUUUUUACUUUUUUUUAUCGAUUUUUUGAUGCAAAAAUGUAGUCGUGAUGAAUCUCAGAUUGUA